AGGAAGCGCGCGCACUCGCCGGGCUGUUGACCUGCGACGCGGACGCGCACGCACUCACGCAAGCGGGAGGGUGAGAGCGAGAGAGGUGUGUGGUGUUUGCCUUAUAGCCAGCGCGCGUGCGAGACGGAAAGGAGUGGAGCCGCGUUGGUGACGCGCUCUGAAGGCGAGAACGCGGCGUCGGCGCGCGCACGCAUACAGACAUCCAGAACGGUGGUUUCCUCUGUGGGAGAAAGAAGAAAAGGCGGGGAAGGAAGGAAGGAGAGAGAAGAAUAGGAGGAGGAGGCGACGUCGCCGCCGUUGUCGUUCCGUGAGGUGAAAAAGAGACCGAACAGGAAGCAGCGCAGGAGCGCUCGAAAAGGGCAAAGUCUGGAUUUGUGUGAGGAGAGGAAGAGAGAGAGAGACGCCUCUCCUUUUGUGUGUGUGUUUGCCAAACAACCCGGCCUUCGCUGUGUAUCGUGUGAAAGGUGGACUCGGCUGAGGAAGGAUGUCGGGAGGCGGCGGCGGCGGAGGAGGAGGAGGGAGCCGGGAAGAGGAGCGGCGAAAGCUGGCCGACAUUAUCAACCACUGGAACGCGAACCGGCUGGACCUGUUUGAGAUCAGCCCCCCGACCGAGGACCUGGAAUUUCAUGGAGUUAUGAGAUUUUAUUUUCAAGACAGAGCGGCUGGAAAUUUUGCAACGAAGUGUAUCCGAGUGUCUAGCACAGCUACAACUCAAGAUGUGAUAGAAACACUUGCGGAAAAAUUCCGACCAGAUAUGCGAAUGCUGUCAUCCCCUAAAUACUCACUUUAUGAGGUUCAUGUCAGUGGAGAAGAAAGAAGAUUGGACAUAGAUGAGAAACCCUUAGUUGUUCAAUUAAAUUGGAACAAAGAUGAUCGAGAGGGAAGAUUUGUACUUAAGAAUGAAAAUGAUGCACUUCCUCCAAAGAAGACUCAAAGCAAUGGCCCUGAAAAGCAAGAGAAAGAGGGAGUGAUCCAGAACUUCAAGCGAACUCUAUCAAAGAAGGAAAAGAAAGAAAAAAAGAGGCGAGAAAAAGAAGCAUUGCGACAAGCUUUAGACAAUGAUGGACCAUUUCAUGGGGAUGAUAUUGAGAAUUCCCGUCUUGCAGCAGAAGUGUACAAAGAUAUGCCUGAGACCAGUUUCACUCGUACAAUAUCCAAUCCAGAAGUGGUAAUGAAACGACGAAGACAGCAAAAAUUAGAGAAAAGAAUGCAAGAAUUCAGGAGUUCUGAUGGCCGGCCAGAUUCUGGUGGGACACUGAGGAUUUAUGCAGACAGUUUGAAGCCAAAUAUACCGUACAAGACAAUCCUGCUGUCUACCACAGAUACUGCUGAUUUUGCUGUUAUUGAAGCACUGGAGAAGUAUGGUCUGGAAAAGGAAAAUCCUAAGGAUUACUGCAUUGCUAGAGUAAUGCUUCCUCCUGGUGCUCAGCAUUCUGAUGAUAAAGGUGCUAAAGAAUCUAUUCUUGAUGAUGAUGAGUGCCCACUUCAGAUAUUCAGGGAAUGGCCUAGUGACAAAGGAAUACUCGUUUUUCAGUUAAAAAGGCGGCCACCUGAUUACGUCCCAAAGAAGUUGAAGAAACAGGUUGAUGGAAAGCCAUUAAAGGGGAAAGAAAGAGUUGACGGGUCUAGUUAUGGCUCUUCCCUUCCUCCAGAGAAACUACCUUAUCUUGUUGAAUUAAGUCCAGGGAGAAGGAAUCACUUUGCCUACUACAACUAUCACACUUAUGAAGAUGGUUCUGACUCCAGAGAUAAACCAAAGCUUUAUCGUUUGCAGUUAAGUGUGACAGAAGUUGGUACAGAAAAAUUUGAUGAAAACUCCAUUCAGUUGUUUGGUCCAGGAAUUCAGCCUCAUCACUGUGACCUUACUAAUAUGGAUGGAGUUGUUACAGUUACCCCAAGAAACAUUGAUGCUGAGACUUAUGUAGAAGGUCAGCGAAUCUCAGAGACCACUAUGCUGCAAAGUGGUAUGAAAGUUCAGUUUGGGACCUCUCAUGUAUUUAAAUUUGUGGAUCCUGUUCAAGAUCACAUUCCUAAAGGACGCUUGGAUGCUGGUCACAUGGUCAAAAGUUCACGAAUCAAAGCUGGAGCUGUGCAAGAAACUACAUUUGAUUUGGAGGGAGACAUACAUAGUGGAACAGGAUUAUCUACAAGCAAGAGCACCAAUAGAUUGGACAGAGACAGAAUGUCAACAUCCAGCACAGCUGAACGAGGCAUGGUGAAACCAAUGAUAAGAAUAGAACAGCAGCAAGAUUAUCGCAGACAGGAUGGCAGACCUCAAGAUCUGCAUGGACCUGAAUUAAUACUACCAGCAAGCAUUGAAUUCAGAGAAACCUCGGAAGAUGCCUUUUUGUCUGCCAUUAUAAAUUACACAAAUAGUUCUACAGUUCAUUUUAAGCUGUCCCCUACUUAUGUUUUGUACAUGACAUGUCGGUAUGUAUUGUCGAGCCAGUAUAGACCUGACAUCAGUCCUGCUGAACGCACUCACAAAGUCAUUGCAAUAGUCAACAAGAUGGUGAGCAUGAUGGAAGGAGUUAUACAGGAGGUAGACCAGGUUGAUCAGAAACAGAAGAAUAUUGCUGGGGCACUUGCUUUUUGGAUGGCAAAUGCAUCUGAGCUACUAAACUUCAUUAAGCAGGAUCGAGACCUUAGUCGAAUCACGUUGGAUGCACAAGAUGUUUUAGCCCACCUAGUUCAAAUGGCAUUCAAAUAUCUUGUUCACUGUCUUCAGUCAGAGCUAAAUAACUACAUGCCUGCAUUUCUUGAUGAUCCUGAAGAAAACAAUCCUCAAAGACCUAAAAUAGAUGACGUCUUGCAUACACUAACUGGAGCCAUGUCCCUGUUGCGACGUUGUAGAGUGAAUGCUGCACUGACUAUACAGCUCUUCUCCCAGCUGUUUCACUUUAUCAACAUGUGGCUUUUUAAUAGACUGGUUACUGAUCCAGAUUCAGGAUUGUGUUCACAUUACUGGGGAGCUAUUAUCCGCCAACAACUGGGACACAUCGAAGCAUGGGCAGAAAAACAAGGCUUGGAGCUAGCUGCUGAUUGUCACCUCAGUAGGAUAGUACAGGCAACUACAUUACUUACUAUGGAUAAGUAUUUACCCGAAGAUAUUCCAAAUAUUAAUAGCACCUGCUUUAAACUGAAUUCUUUGCAGCUACAUGCAUUGCUACAAAAUUAUCAUUGUGCCCCGGAUGAACCAUUUAUUCCAACAGAGUUAAUAGAAAAUGUUGUAGCUGUUGCAGAAAAUACUGCUGAUGAGCUUGCUCGUAGUGAUGGUAGAGAAGUACAACUAGAAGAAGAUCCUGAUUUACAGCUGCCAUUUCUUCUGCCAGAAGAUGGCUACUCAUGUGAUGUUGUUAGAAAUAUCCCAAAUGGGUUACAGGAAUUUUUAGAUCCUCUCUGCCAAAGAGGCUUUUGCAGAUUGACACCUCAUCCACGUUCUCCAGGGACUUGGACAAUAUAUUUUGAAGGUGCAGACUAUGAAAGUCAUUUACUACAGGAUAAUGCUGAUUUGGCUCAACCCUUGAGGAAGGAACCUGAGAUAAUCACUGUGACAUUGAAGAAACAAAAUGGAAUGGGUCUGAGCAUAGUGGCUGCUAAGGGUGCUGGCCAAGAUAAACUUGGAAUCUAUGUCAAGUCUGUAGUAAAAGGUGGUGCUGCAGAUGCGGAUGGCAGGUUGGCUGCAGGCGAUCAGUUGCUCAGUGUAGAUGGACGCAGCUUGGUUGGACUUUCACAAGAAAGGGCAGCAGAACUGAUGACAAGAACUGGUUCAGUUGUGACAUUAGAAGUGGCAAAACAAGGGGCAAUUUACCAUGGUCUAGCAACCCUUCUUAAUCAGCCAUCUCCAAUGAUGCAGAGAGUUUCAGACCGUCGUGGUUCAGGUAAACCCAGACCAAAGAGUGAAGGUUUUGAGCUGUAUAACAAUUCAGCUCAGAAUGGAUCACCUGAGAGUCCUCAGCCGUGGCCAGAAUAUAACGAACCAAAGAAGUUGCCAGGAGAUGACAGACUGAUGAAGAAUCGAGCUGAUCAUCGAUCUAGUCCCAAUGUAGCAAAUCAGCCUCCAAGUCCUGGGACCAAAAAUGCUUAUGCAGCUGGAACCACUAACAAAAUAACAUCAGUGUCUACUGGAAAUCUUUGUACAGAGGAACAGAUACUGCCACCCAGACCUGAAGCAUAUCCCAUCCCAACACAAACGUAUACUAGAGAGUAUUUUACAUUUCCAGCAUCCAAGUCUCAGGAUCGAAUGGGUCCUGCACAGAAUCAAUGGUCAAGUUAUGAAGAAAAACCACAAGUUCCAGAAGAAAGUAAUCAUUAUAUCAGUGCUGCAAUGCAGCGUGUAACUCGUUCUCAGGAGGAACUACGUGAUGAUAAGGUUUAUCAUCCAGAAAGGAAUCGAUUAGAGGUUGUCAUACGAAAAGAUGUGGAGUAUAUUGAUCGGAAAUCAGACAGUGAUCCAUGGAUGAAUUCUUCUGUAGAUUCUAGCACAUCAAGUCAAGAACAUCUAAACCAUUCCUCUAAAUCAAUUCCCCCUGGUUCUUCUUUAACCAAAAGUGGACCCGGUCGCUGGAAAACUCCUAUUGUCCCUCAGCCACUAUCACUGGCACCUGCCCAGUCCAACAGAACAGACCUCCCUCCCCCACCCCCUCCCCCUCCAGUGCACUAUGCAGCUGAAUUUGAUGGACUGCAAAUGGAUUUGCCUCUGCCACCACCACCUCCACCUUCAAGCCAGCUGGGGCCACAGGCAUCAUCUCAGGCUGCUGCUGCAGAACGCAAAAAGAGAGAAGAGCAUCAAAGGUGGUAUGAAAAAGAAAAGGCACGCUUAGAAGAAGAAAGAGAAAGGAAGCGUCGAGAGCAAGAAAGAAAGCUGGGACAAAUGCGAUCUCAGCCACUUAUCCCUACUCAGCCACUGCUUCCUCCUGCUUCAGUUCAGCAGGUGAAGCCAGAAAAGCCUUCAACUUUGCAGAGAUCCCAGGAAACUGUCAUUCGGGAAUUGCAGCCCCAGCAGCAGCCACGGACCAUUGAGCGCAGAGACUUGCAGUACAUUACCAUAAGUAAAGAAGAAUUGUCGUCUAGUGAUAGCUUGUCACCUGACCCAUGGAAACGAGAUGCUAAGGAGAAGUUGGAAAAGCAGCAGCAAAUGCACAUUGUGGAUAUGCUGAGCAAAGAGAUUCAGGAACUCCAGAAUAAGCCAGAUCGAACUGCUGAAGAGAAUGACCGUCUGCGCAAGCUCAUGUUAGAGUGGCAAUUCCAGAAACGACUCCAGGAGUCAAAACAGAAAGAUGAGGAUGAGGAUGAUGAAGAAGAUGACGAUAUUGAUACUAUGUUGAUAAUGCAGCGACUGGAGGCUGAGAGAAGAGCAAGGCAGACUGCUAUGCCAGCAAUCUCUGUUCUAGAUUUGCUACAGGACGAAGAGCGCAGACGGCAGCAGCAGUUAGAAGAGAUGCGUAAACGGGAAGCAGAAGACAGGGCCAGACAAGAAGAAGAGCGUCGGCGCCAAGAGGAGGAGCGAACAAAGAGAGAGGCUGAACAAAAGAGGCGACAGGAAGAAGAAUAUUACAAUCGCUUAGAAGCUGAAAGGCGCCGUCAACAUGAUGAAGCAGAACGAAGAUUGCUGGAUCCCGAUGAGCCUGGUCUGUACAGACCUCCGCUUCCACGGGAAUAUGAAUUCCCAUCCCCACCCCUUUCAUCUAAUGCUCCUCCUCCCCCACCUCAGCGAAACACCUCUUACCUCAAAACACAGGUCCUCUCCCCUGAUACGGUUUAUACUGCCAAGUUUGUUGCAUACAGUGAUGAGGAGGAGGAGGACUCCUGUCUAGCAGCAGGUCAGGAUAAGUACUCCGGUACAAGAAAAUCUUAUGGUGACCUUCCUCCUGCCACCCUUAAGCCACAGCAACCCUCGCGCCAGCCACGCCCAGCCUCAGAUGGCAUCUUUCUUUCCAACUCAUUCCAGUCAUCCUCGGUCAAUGCCAACAGUACUACUUCCAAAACCAGCCAGCCCCCUCCCCUACCAAACAAACCGAGUUUCAUCAGCCCCAGCAAACCAAAAGGCAUAAACUACACUGGAUCUACUGGAGCAAUUGUGGGCUCACAUGAAUCUUAUCAAGACCCAAGAGAGAAAAACACAAAAAGUCAAGAUGCAGAGUUACCUGGUGCACCAGAGAAUCUGACUUUCCGAGAACGACAAAGACUUUUUUCCCAGGGCCAGGAUGUCUCCAAUAAAGUAAAGGCAUCUAGAAAAUUAAUGGAAUUGGAAAAUGAGUUAAAUACAAAAUAGGAUAAAAGGCACCUUAACAAAAGCGGCCAGAAAGAUCAGCAAGGGACUAGGAAAGGAGCUGUUGAAAAAGAGAGAAGCGUCGUCUGGCAAACAGGAUGAAAGUUGGACUGUUUGACAUUUAGUCAUGUUUCAGUAGCAAAGACAAAAAAAAAACCCCUAAAAGCAUUAUUUACAAAGAGCUUGUGGUUUAUACAAUUAAAGCACUGUAUAAUAUAUUUUAAUUUUAUGAAUCAAGUGUCAUUAUAUCCUUUCUCCACAUCCUUUUAGUUGUUUUGAGGUUUAGCUAUUUUUGCAAGUCUUGGUUGCUUCCUAGUCUCUUGCAGAAACACUUCGUUUGCUGCUAAUCAGAAAAAGUGGCAAUAGCUUGAACUGCCCAAACUAAUCUCUGCACUGGUUUAUUGUUCUGUGUGGUUUCUGAUACACAGUUUAGGGUGUAAUACACAUUCAAGGGAUACUGAGAAUUGUUCAUAUAUAUUAUUAGCAUAUCAUUGAAAGUUGGGGUUUUUUUUUAAAAAAAAAAACCUUUACACAGCUGAAAUAGCACUAUUAGAGCAUUCAAUCCUCGCACACAGUUGUUAUCUGUAUCAUAAAGUGCUUUGGGCAUGAAAUAAUUAACUUAUACUGGUUGCAGUCCAGUAAUAUGACAAGACAGCCACCUUGAUUUUUUCACCUAUUUAUCCUUCAUCUCUACACUGAAUUGUAAACCACUUCUGAAACUUGAGUUUUGAAAAAGAGGGUUGUGAAACAUAAAUGAUAAAGCUUGUGUGUGUGUGUGCAAGUAAGUGUAAAAGAGAGAGAUGAGGCAAUGUUUUGAACUAUUUAGAAACACUAGAAGCAACAGGAAUAAGCUUGUUCUGGUAGCUCCAUUGUAGCCAAGUCCAAACCAAAGUUAAAUAUUCCUGAAAGGACUAGAAAAAUUGAAUAGUUAGCAUUAAAUACUACUUGGAGAAUGGAGUAUGGUUGCUGUGGAUGGUAUAAAAAGAAAGUAUUGUCUGUCAAUAAGAAUUUCACUAAGGUGUCCUGAUAGUGCUUUGUCCUCAAUGUAUAGUAUCCUCUUGCUACAUACUACAGAAAAUGUUGGCAGUUCAAGCUAUUUUUUACACUACAUUGCAGCAUUAUUUAAUUUUAAAUGGUUGAAAUCUUUUUUUCCAUUGUUCCUUCAGCUGUGUGUGUAUGACUGGUGUUGAGAAUAAGGACCUCAUCAGAGUUUGUUUCUCAUUGUAUGAUGUUUAAGAACAAUAUAUUAUAUUGUGAUUCUAAGCAAAUUUUCUAUUUGAUGAAGCCCUUAAUUGGGUUUUAGAUAAUUUUUUUCUGUAUAAUAUGUUCUCUUAUAAAUAUAUAUUUAGGGAAUUAUGCACACUUCCAGAUGCAGAGGGUAGACUUUCACUGCCUUAGGAAUCACUUUUAAUAAGUUGUAUGAUAAAAAAUAAAUGCAAGUUAAUGAUAUUAAAAUUGGAGUGUAAAUAUUUUUUUUACGUAUUUCAGAUUUCUUAUUUGAAAGUGUGCUUUUACCGUUCACCUGUUAAAUAUGAAGUAGGAGAUUAAAUUGGUUGAAAGUGUUAAUGAAGGAUCUGCAUGCUUGCGAUGUCUGUUAAUCAGGAGAAGCAAGCUUUCCCCAAUUUAUCUUGAGAACACUAGAUAUUCUGUGGCUGGAAUAUUACUGCUGCUAGAACCUAAGCAAAGAAAUAUCACUUAACUGUGGAGUGGAUAUGACCGCUGUUGGGCAUUCAGGCCACCUGUGAAUAUGAGUAAAAGUGCUUUUCAUAACUGUUUGUGCAUUACUAUGGGAAAAAACAUCAAAACUGCUGUAGUUCCCCAUUUCUACUGUAUUUCACUUGCAACCUAUUUUUAAUAAACUUUGUAUUGUAUUUAACUUUGCACUGUAUAA